AUGUGGGCGAAUUAUUUUGACUGUGAAAACGUGCGCGGGAAAUUGUGUGCGAAAAUUUCUGUUCCGUCUAGAGUAGCCGCUUAUUUAGUUUCCGAUCAGCUCCGUUUUUAUAGCGUUGUCAAAAUGUCCAACAACAAACAAAUUAUAAUAGCAAGUGCAGCCUACAUAGUGAUGCAUUCUUGUAAACGGAAGAACAAACGGGAUAAGCGGUGGUGGGUUACGCAGUUGUAUAAAAGCAGAGAGAUGUAUAGUGGAUCAACAUUGUUAGCGGAUUUGAAAUUCCAAGAAAUCAGCGGGCAGUUUCAAAAUUUUGUCCGUAUGUCUUCACAGGAUUCUGAGCUACUAAUUAAUAUGAUCGGACCCAAAAUAAGGAAACUGAAUACGAGACUGAGAAUGGCCGUUCCCGUUAAGGAGCGACUUGCCAUAACUCUACGCUUUUUAGCGACGGGAGAUUCAUAUACAAGUAUGCAGUAUCUUUUCAAAGUUUCAAAACAGCUUAUAUCUUCCAUUGUUCCUGAAACAUGCCGGGCCCUUAUUGAAGUUCUGAAGGAUUAUGUAAAGAUGCCGUCAACUCCUGAAGAAUGGUUAUUAGUUUCAGAACAAUAUCAAGAGUUGUGGAACUUUCCAAAUUGCUUGGGCGCCAUGGAUGGAAAGCAUGUAGCGCUACAAACGCCAAUAAACAGCGGCAGCGAAUACUAUAACUAUAAAUCACACUGUAGUAUUGUAUUAUUCGCUUUAGUUGACGCAAAUUACAAUUUUAUAUUUGCUGAUGCAGGCUGUCAGGGUCGAAUUUCUGAUGGAGGCGUGUUUAACACACUACACUAUAUAAAAGAUUACAGAGCAAUGACUUGAAGAUUCCUACAGCAAGAAGUCUACCAGGAAGGAAUCAGGAGGUGGAGUAUGUAUUUCUCGGAAAUGAAGCAUUUCCGUUGAGUAAGCAUAUUAUGAAGCCAUUCUCAGGAACCCAUCGGAAAGGAUCACUGGAAGAAUAUUCAAUUAUCGUCUUAGCCGAGCCCGAAGAAUUGUAGAAAAUAUUUUUGGAAUGUCUUCUGCCGUAUUUCGAAUAUUACGAAAGCCUAUGCUUUUAGAGCCCGAAAAGGCAGAACUUGUCGUAAUGACUAUUGUUUUGCUUCACAACUUUUUAAGAAGAAAUAGACACUCUCGGACGUUGUAUAAUCCCACAGGAACCUUCGAUACUGAUAUAGAUGGCCAAUUUGUACCAGGCAAUUGGAGAGAAACACCAAAUGAAAACAUGUCAUCGCUAAUCCCUAUUAGAAGUUUGCCCCGAAAAUCACCUAAAGAAGCACAAGACAUUCGAAACGAGUUUGCUGCAUACUUUACUAGCAAUGGUCGUAUAUGUUGGCAAGACCAUUAUGCAUAAAUUCUAGUUAUGUAAAGGAUGAGUCAUUAGUGUGUCAUCAUGGCGGGUCUUAAUACAAAUGUUACCUAUUUCAUAAUCUUCUUUGAAAUGCAACCCCAUAUAUUUUAUAGCAUUGUUGAUUGCCGUUUUUAAUGCACUUUGAACUUGUUCUCCGGCUUAUUUCUUACGAAUUAUAAACCGAGGACACAGUAGUGACUCACCCUGUACAAAAAUCCUAUAUAUAUAUAUAUAUAAAAUACUUACGCAUUCUGUCUCUGUAUCAA